GCUGCUCUGCAAUAUUGUUAUGAUUACAGCAAAGACAGCUUUGUAUGAUUGUGUUCACGUCAGUGUGUCUUUCACUGCUCUGCAACAUUGUUAUGACUGCAUGCAGCAGAGAGAGCUUUGUAUAUGAUUGUUCUAGACGCUGAGCAUGCCAUGUUUUAUGGCAUAUAGGACACUUGGGGCUGUACAGUUGGCUGUUACUCACAUAACUGAAACGUCAUUCAGGCAACUUAAUGGCAGUCGGCACUUAUUAGUAGAUAUUUAAAACAUCUGCACAGGGAUAAUCGUUCUAAAGCUUAACUUUUCUUUGAUUAGAGGGAGGCUAACAUAUUAAUAAUUUGUCACAGAUUGCGUCAUCUCUGUGAUUUACGCAGAUACCUUGCUGCCUACUUGACUGUGUGUGGGGAUUAUGCAGCCGCACACAAGCUGAUGGGACAGAUUCAGGAGGCCAUUGAACGCCCAUAUGAAGCCAUUAGAUCUUAUAAGUGUUGCUUGGACCUGGAUGAAAGCCAGAAGGAUGUUUUGUUAAAAAUUUGCAAAAUCUAUGCUGACUUACCUGCUGACCGACAAACGAUUCAGUAUUGGCUGGAACAAGCUGAAGACCACUUUCCUGGUCAUAGCAUUGUGGUUAAACUCAAGGAAAUUUUGACAAGAGCCCAAGGUAUGCCUGAUGUGAAGGACAAGGAGGAUCUGAUCACAUCAGAAAUUAUGGAAAGUCCACUGGACGUGGAAUUAAGAGUCAAGCUCCUCGAGCUGCUACUGGAAACUGGGCGUGUGCGGGAUGCCUACAUGCACGCCCUUCAAGCAGAGGGGGACCCACAAUUCAAUGCUGUGACUACAUACUCGCUUCUGUGGCAACGCUGUGUGACCAAUGUCAUCAAGGUAUGCUACCGAGAUCGAGCUGAGAACAAGCUGAGAGUAGAUGAGUUCUUCCUGACCACGUAUUUGCUGAGAUUGGACCAGCUGGCCACUCUGACGCUGCACAACCCAAACAGUUCAUCACUGUGUGCUCUGUCUGGUUCUAGAGGCACAGAGCCAAACAAGCAGGGGGAGAAAUCCGCACUGGAGGACGCUAUCAGUGCCAUUGGAUCGUGA